AUGGUAAUCAAGAAAGAAGUUUUCAAGAUAUUUGGUUUAAAGAAAUCAGAUAAAGGGGGUCGACAAUCAGAUGAUGCUUUUACAAAGACAGGUUGUAGCAACUGGAAAAAUGCAUUAGAAAGAGUCAAUUAUCAUGUUGGAGGCGUGAAUAGUUGUCAUAAUAAUGCUAGAAUUCAGUUCGAAGCUUUUCAAGAUCAAAGGAACAGUGUGGCAAGUAUAUUACGGUCAAAUACCCGUGAGAUGGAAGUUGCAUAUCGCAUUCGGUUGACAGUCUCAUUGAAUGUGACUCGGUUUCUCUUAAAGCAAGGAUUAUCUUUUCGUGGACAUGAUGAGUCAAGUAGUUCUUCAAAUCGAGGUAAUUUUAUUGAGUUGCUUCUAUGGUUUAGUGAACUUAACGAUUAUGUAUCCAAGACUUUGUUUGCAAAUGCUCCUGCUAACAAUCAAAUGAAUUCACCACGAAUUCAAAAGGAAUUAGCAAACGCUUGUGCUUCAGAGGUUACACUUGCCAUAGUUAAUGAUAUUGGAGAUAAAGUUUUCACUCUUUUGGUUGAUGAGGCUCGAGACGUUUCAAUGAAGGAGCAGAUGGGAAUAGUUUUAAGAUAUGUGAAUAACGAAGGAUAUGUGAUUGAGUGA